GCAUUACAGCCUCGUCCUGGUGUGGUAACGUCAGAGCUAUUUAAAGCGUUCGCAGUCUUUUGUCUGCGUUCAUUCCUGUCGCGAGUCGGUGUGAUCCGGUCUGUGUGACUAAUUCUAUCAAAAUGGUGGAAGCAGAUCGUCCAGGCAAACUUUUUAUUGGUGGCUUAAACACUGAAACAAAUGAGAAGGCAUUGGAGGGCGUGUUUUGUAAAUAUGGCCGUGUUAUAGAAGUUCUUCUAAUGAAAGAUCGUGAAACGAACAAAUCCAGAGGGUUUGCAUUUGUCACAUUUGAGAGUCCUGGCGAUGCAAAGGAUGCAGUAAGAGAACUGAAUGGAAAGGCUUUGGAUGGAAAACCAAUCAAAGUUGAACAAGCGACAAAACCGUUAUUUGGGGCAGGAAGCAGACGUCCACCUUCUUCACCUAGAAGCCGUGGUCCCCCAAGAGGUCUUCGAGGAUCAAGAGGAGGUGGCUCUUCAAGAGGUCAAAUGCCUCUAAAAAGGGGUCCCCCUCCUAGAAGUGGUGGCCCACCACCUAAAAGGUCUGCUCCGUCUGGUCCCAUUCGCAGUAGUGGAAUGAGUGGGAGAGCACCAUUGUCACGUGAAAGGGAUGGAUAUGGAGGACCUCCACGAAGAGAGCCUCUGCCAUCUCGCAGAGAUGUUUACAUGUCACCAAGAGAUGAUGGCUACAGUGGAAAGGAUAGAUAUGACAGUUACUCUAGAGAUUAUCAAAGUUCUAGAGACUCAAGAGAUUAUGCACCACCCCCAAGAGAUUAUGCUUAUAGAGAUUAUGGUCACUCAGGUUCACGUGAUGAUUACAGUUCUAGAAGCUACAGUGAUCGUGAUGGCUACAGUGGUGGCCGUGACAGAGACUACUCAGACCACCCGAGUGGAGGUUCUUACAGAGACUCAUAUGAGCCCUAUGGUAACUCGCGUAGUGCUCCACCUGCAAGAGGGCCCACUCCAUCAUAUGGUGGAAGCAGUCGGUAUGAUGACUAUGGCAGCACACGUGAUGGAUACGGAGGACGAGACAGUUACUCAAGCAGCAGAAAUGAAUUGUACUCAAGUGGCCGUGACAGAGUUGGCAGGCAAGAACGUGGAUUACCACCUUCAAUGGAUAGGGGAUACCCUCCUCCUCGAGAUUCAUACAGCAGUUCAAGUCGGGGUGUCCCGAGAGGUGGUGGUCGUGGUGGAAGCAGAUCUGAAAGAGGAGGUGGUAGAAGCAGAUACUAAAACAAAAAAAUAUUUAAAAUGGACCAAAACAUUCUAUAACAAACAAAUCAAAAUGGCAUUUAUUCUGCCUCUUCCACCAGCGGACUACUAUGAGGA